GGAACCGCGUAAACGUUUUUCUACAGGGUUAGUGUGCCAAGCGCCUGCCUCGUGCGUUUUUACGCAGACUGUGUACUAACAACAACAGCAGCAACACACAACCACCUAUCGUGUAUAACGAAAAAAGGAGAAAAACGGAAGUGAAAUUUUUAUUUUUAUAAGCCGCAUUUGUUGCUCAUAUCCAGGGUCACAGGUGCUGUAAUUGGAUCAGCUGAAAAUACCUACACCUACACCACACUUAAGUGCAUCAACUCAAUUAAAAAGCAACAGCAGCAUCUUAAGGAUGAUCAAAUCGGACAAAGAGAGCGCUAGUGGAGGUGGCAGUGGUGCACCAACAGCCACCACUGGAUCUGGACCGAGUCGCAGACAGGUGCAUGCCACAGGUGGCAAUCGAGGAGCGACCAUGGGAAAUGUUGUUGGCUGGCUUAAACAGGCUUCCAUAGAGGUUCGCGACGCCGGCACACGCACUUUGUCUCUACUUCAAAGCACCAAUCCGAAUUUUCGCUCCCUGGACUUGGCCCUAAAUUCGACCGUAGCCGCAUCCGCGACCGAUACUCCUAUUUCGUGCAUUGGAACGGCUGCUUCGGCUGCUGGCUGCAUAGGCAUCGCCUACGACGACGAGGAAGGCUACGGGACCGGGACCGGGACCAAGUCGUUGACAUCGCAGAACGCCCAGAAAGUGCUUACACGCUCGGCACGCGCCUACGCCUCCGUUAGUCAGCCACAGAGUCCGAGGCACCAGGUGCGCGGUACAUCAAAUGGUUUGACCGGACGGUCCACAUCUAUUUCAUCGCAAUUGGAGCAGACAAAAAAGAUAUUAAAGAUGACGGAAGGGGAAGAUAAGCCGCUUACCAUAUUACACUACAAUGAUGUCUAUAACAUCGAGUCUAUGAACGAACACGAGCCAGUUGGUGGUGCCGCACGUUUCGCGACCGCAAUGAAGAGCUACGCUCAUCUCAAUCCCCUGGUUCUCUUCAGUGGUGAUGCUUUUUCACCCAGUAUGCUGAGCACCUUUACCCAAGGCGAACAGAUGGUACCUGUCCUCAAUCAUGUGGGCACAGAUUGUGCCGUCUUUGGAAAUCAUGACUUUGAUCACGGCUUGGACGUGCUAGUCAAUCUCAUCAAGAAGACGGACUUCCCUUGGCUGAUGUCCAAUGUUGUUGACAACGAGACCGGACGUCCGCUGGGCGGUGGAAAGAUUUCCCACUUCAUUUUGCACAAUCAAAUCUCGAUCGGCUUGAUUGGGCUGGUUGAGCGCGAGUGGCUGGAAACCUUGCCAACGAUCGAUCCCAACGAGGUCACCUACAUCGAUUUCGUAGAGGCCGGCAAUAGGCUAGCGGCCGAGCUCCGCCACGAGGGCUGCGAUCUGAUUAUAGCCCUCACGCACAUGCGAACGCCGAACGACAAAAUAUUGGCAACCAUGUGCAAUGGCAUUGAUAUCAUACUUGGGGGACAUGACCAUUUGCGCGAGGUAACCGAGGCAAAUGGUAAGAAGAUAAUCAAGUCUGGAACAGACUUCCAGCAGUUUUCGGUUAUCACGAUAAAGCGGGACGAGAAAAACCGUAAGAAGUUCACCACAGACGUCCAUUGUGUUGAUGUCACAAAAAGCGUGCCAGAGGACCCGGUUUUGAAGCAAGAGCUCUCGAAGUACGCAAAGUUUAUAGAGAGUAAAUUAUCGGACGUGAUGGGCAUAUUCAGCGUCGAAUUGGAAGGCCGUUUUUCCCAUGUACGCACCCAGGAAACGAACCUGGGAAACUGGGUGUGUGAUGUUGUGUUGGCUGCCGUUGGUGCAGAUGUUGUUAUAUUAAACGGUGGUACCUUUCGCUCGGAUCGACGGCACUCACCGGGACCAUUUACCAUGGGGGAUCUGGUUAACGUAAUACCCAUGCGCGAUCCCUUGGUUCUGUUGGAAGUUUCAGGCAAAGUAUUGUGGGAGGCCCUGGAGAACGGAGUUUCGGCAUAUCCCAAGCUCGAAGGACGUUUCCCCCAAGUUGCGGGCCUUAGUUUUGCAUUUGAUCCACAGAAACCACCUGGCGAACGAAUUGAUCCACAACUCAUUCAGGUGGGCGACGAGUAUCUCAACCUAUCCCAGAUGUACAAGCUUUGCGUCAAGAACUAUUUAUAUAUGGGAUGUGAUGGCUAUAACAUGUUUCGCAAUGCCAAAGUGCUGAUGGAUGAUGACGCCUGCCCGGAGCUGGGGAUUACUCUCAAAAAUCACUUUAGGGCUAUAAACUCUCGUAAAUGCGGUCAAAAUACCAAACAUCGUCAGUCACUGGUCACGCUUUCCAGACGUCACAGUCUAGUACAAUGUUUGGACAACAUGGACCUAGAUGGUCCGUCCCCCAUUCGCAAGCUGUCCGUGGGCAAUCACAACAAGUCCCUCGACCUAAGCCAUGGAAAUUCGCAAAAGAUGUUACGGCGAGCCUCAUUAGAUGAUUUGGAGCAGUCCUCUUGUGAGCUGGCACCGCACUUGGAACAUCGUAUUGUAAUGAUACAAAAUGUUGAGCAUUAUCGUCAGCUGUUGUAUAAGAAGGAAUCUCACAUCAUGAGCUCAACUAUUACGGAAGCGGAUGAUGAUUUCGCAUUUAUUUUUUCUUGUUUUUAGUUAAAAAUGUAGGACAUUCGAGAUAUUAGGGAAUUGUGGAGGUGGCAAGAGACAUCCAUAUACAUACGUAUUUAGAAAGGAACAUCCUAUCUUAGUUAGCUGAUUGACUUGUUAUUUACUAUAUAUACGCACAUUUUACUAUUCUUCAUUAAUUUAUUUAACGAUAUGUUAACGAGAACUAUUUCCAAGGGCCUUCCGCUUGCUAUAAUUAUUGUUAUAA